AUGGCCUCCACACCACCGCCGCCAUCUCCGUCUGCGAUUCGGGUACCUCGAGCACCUCGCCAUGGUGCCAAGUAUGAUGAUUGGGAACCUUACCCUACACGUUAUUCUACUAGACUUGCAAGUCAACGCGCAGCCAAGGAGGCUCAAUCUGCGCCACCUCUAAGUCACUCAACCUCAUCUGCGCAAUCUGGACGGCCCAAGAGAACUCUUUCGCCCUCUUCUCCUGGUACUGUCAAGCCCUCGUCUAAGAAGGCCGCACACAACCAUGCAUCUUCUUCUCGCAUUUCUCCCUUCGACUCUGCACCUUCACAUCCCCGCACUUCUGCAGCACCUUCGUCACGCUCGUCUGCAGAACGCGCUUUACCCACUCCUGUGAAAACCCCCUCAAAGAAGCAAGCCAUCAUUUCUUCGUCUGGAUCUGCUACACCCCGUACACUUUUCCCCCCAACAUCUACAUCCAAGCGCAGAAAAAUGGACAACCCGCGCACCUUUGAGGUUUUCUCUGACCACCCUUCGGAGAAAGGGUCUGGCUCGAAAGCAGGGACCUCUGUGGGCAACGCUGGCCAUGCGGAUUUGUUUGGUUCGAGCGGCAGUUCUCACUACCCUGCAAGUGAAUACAACCACCCCAGGGCUCCUGCCCCUAGCAUCUCGAUACAUACCGACUCCCGUGAUCGCAUCCCCGUGAACGCUGGUCCCAAGAACAACCCCUUCUACACUCCACCUGUUGACAUCGACACUCAAUCUGCUCCGUCGGGAAUUCCCAUUCAUACCGAUUCCCGUGAUCGUAUUCCCGCAAAUGCUGGUCCCAAAGGUGGUCUUUUCCGCACUGCCCCUGGUAUUUUGGAUGGAAGACCGGCGACACGAUCGACCCUGGUUGACGAAGAGACCCCUCGGGGUGCUUGUAGCCGUGGCAAGUCGGUCUACAAGUCCUUUGAUGACAUGGACGAGUCGGACGAUGAAGAUGAUCUUGGGCUAUUUGCUAAUCGUCCUGAUCUAUUGGCCAAGAACCCCAACUGCCUGAAGGGCAUCAAGCCUCUUAAGCGAAGCGAAAUCAAGCCAAAAGUUCUCUUCGCUCGUCCCGAUGGCAUCAGAGCAAGCUCACCCCCUCUUGAUCAAUCGCCGUCCAUCAUCCGUGGCUCCAACAACCCAGCGUCUCUCACUCAUGUUGAAGCCAGUGCCAACGACGACGAGGAGGAUGUCACCGAUGUGGAAGACAACGAAGCUGCUGACGAGGCGACCCACAACCCUGACAGCAGCCCCCUGGAACUCGGAAGUGUUUCCAGUUGUGGUGACAUCCCGUCUGUAUCAAACCCGUCUCUGGGUGUGACUCCUUCCCCAGAGGAAUCUUUCUACGAAGGCAGCCAGGAAGAAAACCCAUUCGCCGAGGUCGCCCAGGUCGCCGACCCCGGCGUGAGCACGGGCAGUCUUUAUGAAUGGUUGAGAUCCGGCAAAAAAGCCAAUGAUCGUGAGAAGGAAACUGCUUCUGACCGCAUGAAGCGUCAUCGGGAAACCCGUGGCAGUCCCUACCCCCGCACACGGAUGGCAAAGCUAGCUGAAGCUGCCGCUGGCCCUGAUGGUUCUGCCCAUGCUCCCGUCCGGGCUCCUACUCGUGCCUCUCUCCGAGCUUCUGCUCGAGCUGCUGCUAGCCCUUCCACUCCUGGGUCUUUGUGA